AUGUCUCGUCGGGAAUGCGACAGCAGGGCCGAGAACUCUGCGAAGCUGACCACCAAUUCAAUGAUCAUGCUUGUGCAAAUGACCAGUGGCACUUCGGUGAACAACUGGUACACCUUGUGUACUACUCUCUACUACCCUCGACGUGCAUACGAGGCUAACAUCAAGGCUCGAGUGCACCAAAUCGUCUCCGCCCACAUCAAGAUGAGUAACAAACUCGAUGGGCUUACUGUGGCACGAGUACCUGCCCAUCAAAUUCUGAGACUGUUAUGGAAGGUCAGCUAUAUCGGGCAAGCACCAUUCACCGACAACAAGGGUGGCGAAUUCGGCUCGGUAGUUAAGGCGAGCAUCACGUUAAAGGCCAGUAGGAGAGCGGACGUACCACUCCCGGCCCCCACUAUGCUUCUCCUCUCACUCGCAUGUGUCGAUCACCCAAUCAUCCUGAUAAUCUCCAGUGGCGGCCCCGGCGCAAGCUUCAUCCAACAACUCAAUCAUACAUAUGACAGUUGCCGAGUGAACGGUUACGUCGGGAGCAAUCGCAGUGCACACACCGGGUUGGUCGUGCCUCACGCUGCGCUGGCCUCACACGCGUCGGGAAUCCAAGUCGACUUGGAGCUGGACAACGCCGUCCGCCGAGCGAUGUACCACGCCCACCAUGCGGAAGAACGCGCGAGGGCUCUUCUGUUCCAGUCCAGGCUUCUGUCCACGUCAACCGAUCCAGGCUCCGGUCGCUGCGAUGCCAAGGACAAGGUGCGACAUCGACCAAGGUCUUGCGGUGCUCGGAACUACAAUAUAUAUAUGGAUCGACGUCCGGCGAGCGAUGUCUUGAUCGACGUCCGGCGAGCGACGUCUGAGGCCAGGUGCGAGGUCGGUGUCUACCGAGUUCGUGAGCAACAAGUCCUUCGUACCUUCAAGGACAUUGAGCUCAAGGGCAAUGAACAAUCGCCGUCCGACAAGCGGGCGAUCGUGAGCGGUGAGCAGACGACUUUGCGCGACGGCAGUGUCCCGCGUCAGGUCGGGUGUAGCACUCAAGACGCGACAGCGGGCAUCCGUCUACCGUUUACUGUUCGCGUCCCGCAGGCGGACGAGUUUGCGUUGUCUGGUGAGUUGCCUGCCGUGCAUUUUUGCGUCAAGUGA